CAUCAGCGCUAUGUCCUUAAUAUCAGGCUGCAGGGUAUACGCAGGGACAGCCUCACCAGACCGAAUAGCAGCCAUUUAUUUUUGGUUCAUGACAUUCACAGUUGCCCUUCUGAAGUUAACGGGCGGCGUUCCUCGUGGGUCUUUCUGCCGGGACACGGGCAACAGCAACAGUUUGAACAUUUUCGGUCUCUGCACUUUGUUUGCGAAUACUUAUUGUAAAUAUUCUGGCUUAGCGAUGGAAAAGUAGCAACUGGCUAUUUGGAGUAGCUGUCACUGUCUUGUUUCCUGGAGAAGAGCCAGUCACCUGAAAGAAUUCAAGUUCCCCACACCUGCGGUCUACAACAGGACAGGACAUCCACGAUGACCAAAGACGAGGAUAUACCAGACUGGGCGGGAGCUCAGGAGUUCUAUGACAAAUAUGAACCCAAGGAGAUCCUGGGAAGGGGAGUGAGUAGUGUUGUGCGUCGCUGCAUUGACAAACGCAGCAGCCAGGAUUACGCGGUGAAGAUCAUCGACAUCACCCCCUCCGAUAAGAUAUCGGCCACUGAGAUCGAAGAGAUCCGGGACUCGACAGAAAAGGAGAUCGACAUCCUGAAGAAAGUCUACGGGCAAGAAAACAUAAUCCAGAUGAGGGACUAUUACGAGACCAAGGCCUUCUAUUUCCUGGUGUUUGACUUAAUGAAAAAAGGUGAACUCUUUGACUACCUCACUGAAAAAGUCACCCUGAGUGAGAAAGAAACAAGAAAGAUUAUGCGUGCCUUGCUGGAGGUGGUCCAGUUUCUCCACUCCCAGAACAUUGUCCACAGGGACCUGAAGCCAGAGAACAUCCUGUUGGAUGAUGACAUGAACAUCAAGCUCACAGACUUUGGCUUCGCUGUGCAGACCGAUCAAAGGUUAAAAGAGGUGUGCGGAACCCCAGGUUAUCUUGCUCCUGAGAUCAUUGAGUGCUCCAUGGAUCCCAACCACGCUGGUUACACGACUGCAGUCGACAUCUGGAGCUCUGGGGUGAUCAUGUACACGCUGCUGGCGGGCUCUCCGCCCUUCUGGCACCGCAAGCAGAUGCUGAUGCUGCGCAUGAUCCUGGCCGGAAACUACCAGUUCGGCUCUCCAGAGUGGGACGACCGCUCCGACACCGUCAAAGACCUGAUCUCUCGAAUGCUGGUGGUGAACCCUGCAGAACGAUAUACAGCCACCGAUGCCCUGAACCAUCCCUUCUUCCAGCAGUACGUGGUGGCAGAGGUUCGCCACUUCAGCCCGCUAAGGAAGUUCAAGGUCAUAUGCAUGACUGUGCUCGCUACUAUGCGAAUCUACUGCAACUAUCGUCGGGCCAAGCCUGUGACCAAGGAGGUAAUACAGAGCGACCCGUAUGCCAUCAAGCCUCUCCGCAAGCUCAUCGACGCCUGUGCCUUCAAGAUCUACGGGCACUGGGUCAAGAAGGGCCAGACCCAGAACAGAGCCGCCCUGUUCGAGAACACGCCCAAGACCAUCUUGCUGUCCAUUGCGACAGAACAAACCGCCACCAUCCAAACGUGGUAACAUCCAUAGACGUGUCUCAGAUCAGAUGUACUGUAUAUAUGUAUAUAUACAUAUACUGUAUAUGCAUAUAUAAGUCUAUGGUAACAUCCACUUAAAGCAUCGGACCCAAGAAGCACUGAAGAAAGAAACUUAAGAAGGAAUCUUAAGGAAGAGUUACCGCAUCGCCACAUAAACACUAAAUCAUCAGCCUUAUUUGAUUUUAAAUUUCUGAAAUUGGAGACUAAGGAAAUAACAGGGGACACUGGAGGUAGAAUGCACUUCAACUGGUGAGUGAAAAAGUAAUAAGAGCUAUGUGUCACUCCUUACUUGGAUAUGAAACCCCUUAUGGUGUGAAUGUGUACUUGAAGUACACACUUUCAUCAUAAAUGUGAAUCAUAUGUCAUUGUGCAUUUAGCCAGUAUAGGAUGUUGCAUGCUACUCUAAACUUGUGCAACCUAUCCUGUGUAUAAAUGUAAUAACUUACCUGUUCUGGGUAUGAAAGGUAUUUUUUUGUUAAUAUUAACAUCAGUAAAUGUGUGUGUCCUCACAUGUUGUCUAAGAUAAAUUUGGGUGGGAGAAUUCGGCAAUCUGACCAGGCCGUGAAUGGUGCAAUGGAAUCAAAUGUGCCACUGGUCACUAAAAGAAAAGCUUGUUUAAAAGGUUAUGAGCGCACGGCUCUUCUUUAUACGUCGUUACAUGGACAGGAUGUCCACUGAAAGUUUUCAUUAUUCAUUGCUUGUGAACUCUACUAAAAGGGAAUACCAUCUAGUUUACUGUUGGACAUUGUGACUAAUGCACUCCAUUAGAGA